AUGGCUGAUGUCACUGACUUCCAAGAAAUAGAAGAUUUUUCUGUUUUAUCGAGUCUACUACUCAACGCAAUAAGGAUUCCCAAAAUUUCCGUGGCGCGGCGAGGGCUCGAGUCUCUGCAUCCCAACUUCACUGGCAAAGCCGACACUUCUUAUGAAAUGCGACUUAAGGAAGUGUCUCCCAAUUGGAACAUCUAG